CCCAGUAACCCCGCCACCAAUGGCGGAGCAGCCAGUAGCCAAACGGCCGGCCACGCAGCCAACAACCAUAGACGACCUUCCAGAAAACCUCCUCAUCCGCAUCCUCUCCUUGCUCCCCCUGAUUUCCGCCAUACAAACUAGCUUCAUUUCUAGAAAAUGGCGUAACCUCUGGCAUUCCCUUCCUUCCCUGAAAUUCAAGAUCACCAAAUUCCCUCGUAACCCCGCCAGCCCACUUUCUUUAAUUGUCCAACAGUUCUCCGACUUCGUUUCCCAAACCCUCAUCAACCGCCCCAACACCCUUCCCCUCCGCAAAUUCUCCUUGCUCUUCCUCUACUCCUCCAAUCACCGCUAUCGCUCCCUCGUCACCACCUGGCUCCGCUAUGCCCUUGAUUGCAGCGUCAAGGAACUUAAUUUCAGAUUUGCCGUCUAUCCUAAACGUCGUGAGAAUAAUGAUGGCUCUGAAAAUAGCCCAUAUUAUGAUUUUCAUCUUUCUGAUCUCAUGAAUAAUACGUCCGUUAUUCGUUUGAUGUUAUGCCGCUGUGAGAUUAUCAUGCCUUCGCGUAAUUUGGUUCGUUUUGAAUCGCUGCGGUCUUUAGAACUUGUUGAGGUGGAUUUAUCCGAUGAGUUGCUUUCGGACUUGAUCUUGAGGUGUGAGAAUCUUAAGAAGCUUGUUCUUAGGCAGUUUCAUGGGUUGAGGAAGUUUAGGAUUGUUUCUGAGAAGCUCCAGGAUUUAGAAUUGAGCCGGUACUAUGUUGAAAAUGCAGAAGAUUUUGAUUCAUCAGUUGAGAUAUGUACACCAAACCUGUCGAGGAUAGAGAUACGUUAUUUCUAUGUGGCAAAUUAUAAAGGGGACUUAUCCUCUGUUGUUGAGGCUGAAUUGAGACUUCUUGAAAGAGAGACAGAGGGCUAUAUUUUUCAGUGCUGGAGCAAACCCAUGAGCUUGUUAACUGGUGUCCAGCGUCUCACUGUUCAAAACAAUUUGCUCUUGUUUAUACAUUCAGAGAUGAAGCCUGAUGAGUCAUUUCAAUUCAAAAAUCUCAAGCAUUUGGAGUUGAAAACGGGGUAUACUCAUAGUGAGAUGGUUGGUCUUGCUGCGUUGCUUAUGCAAGCCCCCGUACUUGAGACCCUUGUCCUUGAUUAUGUCUACCAGACAGAGAAAGAGGCAAGCUUCUGUGAUGACUUUAAGGCUAGGCCUUUCACAUUUGAUAUACCUACUCUCCAGGAGGUGAAAAUGACGAACUUUAGAAACACUGAUCUCGAAUAUCAUGUGUUGGCCCUCUUAGGACGUGAAAAGGUUGUCUUAAAUAAGGUUGUUUUGGUCCCUGCAAAACCGGAAAGAUCAUCCUUGAGUGGACCAAUGGUUUUUGAUUUGACUGCAUAUGAAGAUUGGACUUCAGCGAUCGCUGCAUUGUUGAGACAUCGUUUGGUUCCCCAGAAGUAACAUAAGCUUUUGAAUAGAAAAUCUCUGGCAGCGCAUUCACAUUUUGGCUUCCAAGUGUAAUCUGUGAUCUCCAUAGAUAUCAACUUGUGAUCUCCGAUCAGGCCAGAGAGCUUCUAGUGUCUGGAGUUUUCAUUGCUAAAAAUUGUUUCAAACAUAACAACGAUUGUAUAAGAAUGUGUAUGAAUGUUUUGAUUAUGAGAUGGAGGUCAACUUCCCAGUCUUAGCAUUA